UUCAUCACAUUACACAGGUCAGAAUGUACUGGUACAUUUCUUUUCUGAGGCCUCCGCCUGUAUCUACUUCCAAUACGGACCAGAGGAUCACCAUUACUCCACAGGUCGCUAACGAUCUGCGUACCGAAUUGCGUUAUGAGCCCACCACGAUAUACUAUACUUGGCAGCGAGUUAUUCCAAGUAUUUCUAUCGCCACGACUCUCCAAGAAUUGACGACAUUUAUUCCUCCAGGGAGCACGUACAAACCUCUAGAUGUCCCUUUACCGAAGAAUGUGCAAGUGGGAGAGUCAUGGCGUCUCGGUCUUUUUUCCCAUAAUGAAAAUCCGCAUAGUUCAAAUGGGCUAUUAAGCGGGGAGGAACGGAAAUGGAAGUUGGAACCUACAAAUGAACUGCUAGACCUGAUCGACGACACUCCAGAUGUUUUGGGCGUCUGGUCAGAAGGCAUUGAAAUAGCCCGUGCUGUAUCUGGCCUCAAUUCCGGUACGAUCCGCGGACUUGGUAGACAAAAGGAGCCUUCAAUAGAUAAGGGAAAAUCAAAGGGAAAAAGCAAAGGGAAAGAAAAGGAGAAGGAGAGAGAUGAUCGACCAAAGCAAGGAAGAAUAAUGAGAGAAUGGGCGUUACCUGAAGAGGGAACUUUGAGAAUCAUUGAACAGACCUCUUUCGACCUUGACAAGAAAGUAUGGGACUCUGGCCUGGCUCUGUCAGCCUGGUUUUGGAAGCAUCUUGCCAACGAAGGAUCACUACCUCUAACAGGCCAGAAGAUCUUCACUCUCUUGAAGAGGCAAGAAAAACUCAGAAUUGUUGAACUCGGCACCGGUACCGGCCUCGUGUCUAUAGUUCUCUCCCUUGCACUCAAGCGCAUCGCCUCUUUGGAAAGAAAGAUAACAGCAACUGAUCUCGAAUCUGCCAUACCUCUCAUGGACGAAAACAUUGCUCUCAACAAUCUAAACUCCCAGAUGAACCAUAUCUCUACUGACCACGAGAAUGAACAAGGAGAGCAGUCCAAGGGUACCUUGGUCGACGCGAGGGUACUAGACUGGGAUCAGCCUAUACCUGCUUGGGUGAAUAAUGACCAUCCAGAGCUUGUAAUAGCCGCAGAUGUUACCUACAAUACUAGCGCGUUUCCCUCUCUACUCUCUACUCUCACUUCCCUUCUCCUCCCUUCGGCUUCUUCUGCCAGUUUACCAAAUAGACCAUUAUUGGUAUUGGCGUACAAGGAGCGCGAUCCGGCUGAACGCGAGUUAUGGGGCAUGCUGAAGGAAAAGGGCAUAGAUAUGGUGAUGGUGGAUGAAAUUAAAGGUGCCGAGGAUUAUGGAUCAACCGAGAUUUGGAUUGGGGGAAGCAGCCUUUCUUGAAUGAAGUAAUAGGUGCUGCACAAAAUCGCAUGAUAAGCGUCGCAUGGAAAUCAGGAUGAGACGACUGGCACAAUUUAGCAUCUAUGCAUACUUUUUACAACC